AUGGUCUACGUACCUGUUCAACUGGGCAUGAUCACCAAUACCCUGACUCAGGAGAAGACUCUACCGUGGCAGCAGAUUACAACCUUCGUUCUCCUGAGACUACUCGACUCAAGCGGUGGUGUUUCAGCUCUCAGAGCAUAUAUGUGGAUGCCAUUGGAGCAGUACACAUACCAGAGGAUAGCAGUAAAUGGCUUCAACCAAGUCAUGGAUCUUUCGUGCGACUUCCAUGACGACAAAAGCUCGGGUUCGGUGUGGCAUGCGAUUAACCGAGGAACAAUCAUUCAGAAUGUGGUUCGCAAGGUGCUUUUUCAAUUCGUACCAAUGAUUUCUGACCUAUUCAUUGCGGUAACUGUCCUACACGUCACCUUUGGCCCAUAUAUGGGCCUCAUCACUGCAGCAAUGAUAGGGCUUUUCUUAUGGUCUUCUAGCACUAUAUCGAAAUUUCAGAAAGCAAAACGGAAGAGAUACAUUUCAUCUAUCAGGAAGGAAGUCAAUAUCCGUUGUGAAGCAACGAAUAAUUGGCUCACUGCCACCUAUUUCAACAAGAUUGAUUACGAAAAGCAUCGCCAUUUUUCUGCAGUCAAGGAUCGUCUCGGCUCUGAACUAUCCGUCCGUCGAUGGUUGCGCACGGAGAAUUUUGUGCAAUCGUCCAUUCUAUCACUAGGCUUGAUAUUCGCCUGUUUCAUAGCUAUUUAUCAAAUCUCUAACGGCACGAGACCAAUUGGAAGCUUUCUUAUGCUGCUUGGUUAUUGGGCCCAGCUCUCUAGCCCACUUGAAAUAUUCUCCAACGGACUCACAUCUAUCACGCUCGACUUGGUAGAUGCUGAGGAGUUCAUGGCUCUCUUGAAGAGGGUACCGUCCAUCACAGAUAGUUCCGGCGCAAGUAAAAUACAAGCCCAGGCAGGCGUUGUCAGCUUCAGCGACGUGUCGUUUUCUUAUGACAAGAAACGUCACGCGCUCAAUGGGGUUACAUUUGAGGCCCAGCCAGGGCAGACAGUGGCAUUGGUUGGAGAAACUGGGAGCGGCAAGUCGACUACCUUGAAGCUUUUACUUCGCCUCUAUGAUCCGGACUGUGGGUCUAUUGAGAUCGAUGAUCAAAAUAUCUCUCAUGUUUCACUUCAAAGCUUACGAGAUGCUAUCGGAGUUGUCCCUCAAGACCCUGCGCUUUUCAACGAUACCUUGCUCAACAACUUGAAAUAUGCAGACGAAUCCGCCACUCUUGAGGUCAUUCAUCGUGCGUGCACAGCGGUAAGACUUCAUGAACGAUUUCUCAGCUUUCCAGAUGGUUAUGAAACCAUAGUAGGUGAACGAGGUAUCAAGCUUUCAGGAGGAGAACUUCAGCGGGUAGCAAUAGCUCGAGUCCUAAUCAAGGAUCCCAGUAUUGUGUUACUGGACGAAGCAACAAGCGCUGUAGACAGCGAGACCGAAGCGUACAUCCAACAGAGCCUAGCUCAACUUACUAAGGGGAGGACGACAUUGGUGAUUGCACAUCGUCUAUCGACGAUUGUCAAAGCAGAUCAAAUACUUGUUUUCAAAAACGGAAGUAUAGUCGAACGAGGAACACAUCAAAGUCUCAUCAAGCGGAAUGGCUACUAUUGUCGGCUGUGGAAGCAGCAGGUCGGUGCCGAUACAAAGACAAACGGAUCAGCCCUAAAGCCUGAGGCUCCGGAAUUUGUUCCUAUGGGGAUGAUGAAAUGA